CUCCUUUUGAGGCUAUUUCUCAAAAUUCAAUUCAAAAACCAUAAACAAACACAAAUCAUGAGGAAGUGUAUACUGCUUUGCUACAGAAGAAUGUUUAAGCUGAACAAAAAGAGGAAAAUAAUUUGCAGAGUAGCAUCACUUCAAAAGUAUGUGAAGUCAUUUUGGAACAAAAUUGUUGGUUGUUGUAUUGGUUAUAAGUCCAUUAAGUACAGAAAAUUGUCACACCACCACCAUUCCUCUUCCAUCACCACCACCGCAACCCCCUCGCGAUCUGGCAGGGCGGUUUCCGCCACAUUGGAGGAUUUGGUUGCCUUGAAGAUAUGUUUAUUGGGUGAUAACCAAAUUGGCAAGACAAGUUUCUUGACAAAGUAUGUAGGAAAGGAGAGUACUUCAACAACAGGGUUAAAUCAAAUGGAUAAAAUUUUGUGUGUUAAAGGGGCAAGAAUCUCAUAUACAUUAUGGGAAGUUCAAGGUGAUGUUUCUGCAUCUACUCAGAUUUCAACAGCUUGUAAAGACUCUGUAGCAAUUUUAUUCAUGUUUGAUCUCACAAGUCGACGUACACUGAAGAGUGUAAUUAGUUGGUAUCAACAAGCACGACAAUGGAAUCAGACGGCAAUUCCAGUAUUGAUUGGGACAAAGUUUGAUGAUUUUGUGCAGUUACCAUUAGAUGUGCAAUGGACCAUUGCAAAUCAGGCAAGAGCAUAUGCAAAAGCACUGAAUGCAACCCUAUUUUUCUCAAGUGCAACAUACAACAUAAAUGUGAACAAGAUAUUCAAGUUCAUUACAGCCAAGUUAUUCAAUUUACCAUGGACAAUGGAACGUAAUCUCACCAUUGGAGAACCCAUCAUUGACUUCUAGUAAACCUGUAACUUGGACUUUGGGAAGUAUUCGGGCUGUAGAAGAGAAAGAUGCACAAAUGCCCCGGUGACUAGGUGUGAGAGAUUGACUAUGAUGGGUCGUGGGUAUAAGGAGAGAUAAAAGGUAAGCUGAAGAAGUAUCAAGAGAGAUGACUAAACAAGACAUGACAAAUUUACGGCAUAUCGAGAAUAUGACCUUCAAUAAAAAGAUACGGAGGUUGAGGAUUAAGUUGACAUGUGUAACUUAUCGAGAACAUAGCUCUGAAUAAAAGAAUAUAGAGAUUGAAGAUUAAGUUGAGGACAAAACCCUAGAUAUGAAGAUUGGGUUAAUAGGUAGUCGAGCACUAUCUUGUUCCCAUAUUUGUAUUGUUAUUUUUUUUAAUUAUUAUUCUCUUAGUAUCUUAUUUUUUGAUUUGUGUUACUUGUUCUGUCUUUGGCUUCAAUUAUCAUAUUAUUUGUUGCUA